AUGGCCCCGAUCAUCCUGUUGUGUGUUAUGCUGUACCAGCUGUGUGCCGGCCAGUCGGGGCCCCCAGAUUCGCCUGGCAGGAUAGCUAUUGUCGGUGCAGGUAUUGGAGGCUCUGCAGUCACACAUUUCCUACACCAGCAGUUCGGCUCUCAGGUGCAGAUUGAUGUCUACGAAGCAGAGCGGGUUGGAGGCCGUUUGGCCACCCUGACAGUGAACAGUCAGCAGUAUGAGUCAGGCAGCCCUUCCAUUCACUCCUUAAACUUACAUAUGCAGGACUUUGUCAAGCUCCUGGGGCUGAAACAUCGCCGAGAGGUGGCUGGAAAGAGCGCUAUAUUCAAUGGAGAGAAUCUGGUUCUAGAGGAAACAGACUGGUAUCUUCUUAAUCUUUUCCGACUUUGGUGGCAUUAUGGGAUCAGUUUUUUGAGACUUCAGAUGUGGGUAGAAGAAGUCAUGGAAAAAUUCAUGAGGGUGUAUAAGUACCAAGCUCAUGAGUAUGCGUUUUCAAGCAUUGAGGGAUUGCUGCGUUCACUUGGAGGGGACCAUUUUGUGAAUAUGACCCAGAAGUCAGUUGCGGAAUCAUUGCAGGGAAUUGGAGUGUCGCAACGUUUCAUAGAUGACGUGAUCAGUGCUGUGAUGAAAGCCAGCUAUGGACAGUCAGUGUCCAUUCCAGCUUUAGUAGGAGCCAUGUCUUUGGCAGGAGCCCAGGGAAAUAUGUGGGCAGUGGAAGGAGGUAAUAAGUUGAUAUGCUCAGGUUUGCUAAAGCUGACGAAGGCCAAUGUGAUCCAUGCUAGAGUGACGGCAGUGUCUCUACACAGCUCAGAAAAGAAGCCCCUAUAUGAAGUGCAGUAUGAGAGAGAUGGGACACUGGGUUCUGAUUACUAUGAUGUGGUGAUUAUAGCUGCUCCAUUACAAAGAACAGGCUUCCCUAUCUCAUUUCGGAAUUUCCAGCCUACUCUUCCAGAGUACAUAGGUUCUUACCAUCGAGUGGUGACAUCCAUUGUCCAUGGCUACCUCAAUUCUUCCUAUUUUGGCUUUACGGAUCCCAAGCUAUUUCCAUUUGCUAGUAUCCUCUCCACAGACAGCCCCAGAUGCUAUAUUUCACAGCCUCGAGAGCCUGUGCCCAGUAAAUGUGUCUGUUGGCUUCCGGCGCAAGCCUCCACAGGAAGCUGGGGUUUGGCGGGUGCUUUCUUCACUGCCUUUGGACAGGAAGGAACUGAAGACUCUGUUUAAGUCCUAUUAUUCUGUUCAGGUCAUUGAAUGGCAGGCUUUCCCAAACUAUGGCACAGCCAGUUCUUCCAAAUCACUCCCUCCCAUCAUUCUCCAUGAUGGUUUGUAUUUCCUGAGUGGUGCAGAAUGGGCAGCCAGCUCAGUGGAGGUGAUUGCUGUGGCUGCAAGAAAUGUGGCUUUGCUCGCUUUCAAUCGCUGGUUUGAGCUCAAUGAGAAAAUAGACCAGCAAGAUUUGAUGCACAAACUGAAAACUGAACUUUAA